GCGCUUUCCGGGAGCAAGAUCUUGGCAAGCUCUCCACGUCUUCGCAAUGACAACCAUCGAGCAUGAGGUCACUUCCACGGUUGAAGGGUCUAGCAGCAUUUCCUUGCCUUCCUGGACUAUUUCUGCUAUGCUGCGUCCAAUUUCAAAUGCUCAAGAGCUCAGUGUCAUCCAGGAUUCCCUCAAUGGAUUGCCGAUGCCUGAGAUGCUCUUUGGAACCAAUUCCCUAGUCAUCUCCAACAAGAUUAUGACAUUUGAAUACACUUUCAAUGCUCUGGGAGCUCUUGGGCCUGUGAAGUUGGGUGAGCUUGAACAUGGGGACGGCGGCGUUAAGGUCGGCUAUGCCAAGGAAUGGCUACAGAGCCGGACAGGCUCUGCGUCGGCAAACCCAAUGCCCCCGACUGUGCAAGCUAAGCCAUUUGAUUGGACGUUUACGACAACAUAUCCUGGACAUAUCUCAAAAGGCGAGUUCAAAUUUAAUCCAGGCGACCCCGAGAACGUUUUGCAUCGGAUCCCUACUGAGGAACUCUCGAGACCAGACCCAAUUCUCUUCUACUCCGAAAUCCCUCUCUUUGAGGAUGAGCUCCACGAUAACGGAUGUGCUUUCCUUCUGACACGCGUCCGCGUAAUGCCAACUUCAUUCUUUAUCCUGUCGAGGUUCUUCCUUCGCGUCGACGGAGUCUUAUUCAGACUGUUCGAUACCAGGAUAUAUCAUUCCUUUGCUUCUAGCCCUCCGAUCAUUGUGCGAGAGACAAAUGGAUGGGAAGCUCCUUAUGCUAGUGUCAAGCAGUUCCUACCGACACCGGACCUUUCUCCUCUGAAUGAUCCGAACUUCGUUGCAAAAGUAAUAACCUCGAUGCCAAAAUCAAAGACCCAGGAUCCCCGCCUACCUGGCCUAUCUGGCUGGAGGGCGUUAGGAACUACACUCGAAGUUUGCUACCUAGACCGUGAUCCCCUACAACAUUCUUGAUUCUGUCCAGGCAAAGAAAGAGGAUAAAUAAAGCUUUUUUGUACAGAGUUGUUACAGUACAAACACAGAGGAAACCCAGUCCGGGUAUCCCAAAUAAAGGGCAGGAUACAAGAACUCGAAGUUAGGAGAGAUUACCAUGAUCGCUCUAUCUAAUGGAGAGCCCAUAGAUAAAUGCUUGUCCCAAGUCCAUAACAAAGCUCCUUGUAAGGCACGAAUCUGGUAGUGGUAUCCGGAAUGUUGAAUAGUGCGUCAAGUCAACACGCUUUUUUUAAUUCUCGCUAGGAGAGAGUGAACGAGGAGUGCCAAGCUGGACGACGACAGUCGGGGGUUCUCCUGCCACAGACGUUGGCACGGCACUUGCACCUGCAGGACGAUCACU